AUGAAGACAAUGUGGCAAAUGGCUAUUCAAAUCAGAGAUGCUGUUCAACUUCCUGUGAUUAUCAUUAUUGUAGAACAGAAGAUACACAAGGAUAUAUUUAUCCAAGGCAAUGGCGAUGACAGCUCAUGCAUCAAACGAAAUAUGAACUUUUACAACAACUCUUUCUUUGUCUUCUACCUUCCCUUCUGGCGGUGCUUGCCCUCUUCGGUACAAUUGAAGCUUGCACCCAAGCCGAUCGUGCGUGCAUUGUGGGUAAUUCCGGAUGUUUUUGGCAUAACCCUUCAUGGUCUUGUCAGCCGUCUUCAUCUGCUUCUCAACACCAUACUUGUGGAUUCUUCGGAGUUUGCAUUUCUUGGUACUUUUUGUGUCUUUUUAUUCUAUUUUACUUCAUCCUGGAUAGUAAAAGGACAAACUAUUAAUGUAAUGCAAUUCCUCCAGCCACAAGACCAAGAUAAAACUAUGACAAUUAUCGAUAUAGGCUUGAUAGGGAUCUAUACAAUCCACGUAUGGGAAAGGCGCGAGUACAAAUGUAGUGACACUCGAAAGAUGCAAAAUAACUCGACAAUAGGUUAA